AUGACGGAGCCAUCUACAAACCCCUGGAUUGUCAUCAAACGAGUCAUUGGUACCCUCAUCCUCCCGGUCAUUGCCACUAGCUCUGUAGACGGGAACAAGCAUUUUAAGAUUGCCAAUGUUUUCUGUGUUCCAACGGCGGCAUUUCCUGAUCAGUUUAAUUCUCUCAAGCUCUGUAACGCUCUCAAUUUGAUUGGAAGCGAGUGGGCUUCGGGUUUCUUCGGUUGCAUGCAUCGCCCAUUCUACUUCAGGCCCGAUAAGCUUAGUUGGUGGCCAGCGGUCUGGUUUCUUCCCUAUGCAGACCCAAGAGACCCACAAGCCUUCCUAGUUAGCUUCUAUAAACGGAUGGUCACACCUCGGCAUCUCACAAAGAUCUACCCCUGGGGCGACUUUGCUGCACGCGGAACAAGAGGAAAAGUCAAGGUGUCUCAGAGUGAUCUUGAAUCUGGUUGA